AUGAAAGAAAACGAAUUACGUCUGUUGGGGGAGCCACAAGUCAAAGUUGAGAUUCUCUAUGAAGCAUUGUGCCCAUUCUGCAAAAGUGAGGAAGGCGUGGAUUGCGAAACACUGGAAUGGGUGAAUUCGUCUGCAGGCAACGCAGCUGAGAGCGACGGAGUGGUGGAAUGCCAGCAUGGUGCUGAAGAAUGUCAACUUAACACAUUAUCAGCCUGUGGCCUUAAGAAGCUGCAAGGGGAACCGGAAAGCCGGCUCUCUUUCAUUGAAUGCGUUGAGACGUUGGAUAGCGUCGCAGACGGCAAGUGGAGAAAUUGCCUAUCUGUUGCUGGGACACGCAAAGCCGAAAUUGAAGCAUUUCAUAUGACACACUUCAGGAAAUCAGUGGGGAGGUUCUCCAGACGGUUUGAGUACGACUACGUCCCUUGGGUAAUAGUGAACGGGAGACAUAUGCCGAGCUCUGAGGCAAAUCUCACCAUCGCUUUGUGCGAAGAGUACGCUACUCAUACGACGCCUGUGCUACAAGUAGUUGCUAUUCCACUUGUCCCGAGCUCUGCGCAUUACUUAAUGGAGUACACAACACUUUUACUUAUUCUCAGGCUGGGGUCCAACAGACCACACAUCUGCUCUACUUUAUCUAAAGUGGGUGCUGCGAGUUUCCUGGAUGAAGGCCAAAGAUGCUACAGGGAGCAGCAAAGAGAUCAUGGCGAAAACGAAUGA